AUGCCGACAAGAACAGAAGCACACUUUGAUUCCCAUAUCCCGGACUCUAAUUCCACUUCCCCCUCUUCACAUCUCACAGUCGUAGCAGUUUCGCGCUCGCGACCGGCUACUCAUGAUAUCCAUUCGCAGCCAACGCUCACGGCUAUAGUUCGAUCACCAUCAACCACGCCACUAGUACUUACUCCGGAGAAUGGCAUCGAGGGGCACAAGUCCGCCGUCCAUAAUGCGCAGGUAUAUGCAUUUUUUGCCCAUCAUUAUGAUUACUGGACGUCACGUCUAAAAAUAGAGCGAUCCGAAUGGGAUUGGGCUUUUUGGGGGGAGAAUCUGACCUUGAGGGCGCCUGAGGGCAUUGAUGAGUGGAGCACCCACUUAGGAGAUCGGUGGGUAUUCUCAUCCCCUGACGAUGACACGAACGGUGAUAACCAAGGAGCUGAGAAAGAAGGAGUCAUCCUAGAGGUCGUAGGCGGGCGAAGUCCGUGUUCACGGCUUGCAUGGCGAUGUGGACAGCCUGCCAGCUGGUUAGCCGAGGCCGCUAAGUCCGGGUUCUGCGGUGUCUACCUCCAAGUCGUGCGUGGAGGCUCCAUCGCGCCCGGUGCCACGGCGAAGAUCAUUCCGACCGAUCAGGAAAACACGGUUCCGGCAGCGAGUAUUGGCCAGUGUGUAUUCUCGCCCAUCACCGACCCUGCUACUCGUACGUUGUGCCAACGUAUCCUGCGUGUUCCCAACUUGCAAAAGAUGAACAGGCUUGUUAUUGCUCGCAAGCUUGAGAUGAUCGAGGAUAACGAAGCAGCAGGGAAGAAUCGAUGGGCUGGGUGGCGGUCGUUAAAGGUCGACAAGGUGGUUGAUGAAUCUGCGAUUAUCAAGUCUUUCUACCUGACUGCCACCGAUGGAAAGCCCCUGGCAUCUUAUCUUCCAGGGCAAUUUCUCACUAUAAAAUUGCCCUCUGGUGAUAUCCGCCGCUGGUCUAUUUCAUCGUGGUCGCCUUCUUCCUCUACCUCAAUUCCACCAUUCUAUCGCAUCACUGUGAAGAAAGGGCCCAAUGCCUCUCUUUACCUCCACUCGCACGUGUUACCUGGGGACACGAUAUUAGCACGCUCACCAUCUGGUUCGUUUGUCCCAGACCUAAGCCGGGACUUCCCCCCUCGACAGAUAUAUAUCAGCGCUGGAAUAGGCAUGACCCCGAUCCUUAGCAUGCUCCAAGCUCAUUUUUCUCAUCCAGCCUUGAAGAAAGCUCCCGCGAUUCUUAUACACGUCGCCAGAAAUGGUGAACAAAAUACCCCCGACUUCAAAUCUGAGCUUUCAGACUUUAGCUUAUUCCGUAUGGCCACAUUUUACACGGCGCCCAUUGCGGGCGUGGACGUCCAGGGUAGAGACUUUGACCAUGUAGGUCGACCGACUUUCGACUUCUUUUCCUCACUUUUGAGUCAAUCAUAUUUUAUUGAUUCGAUGGGCAUCACGCCCAUUGAAUUGUCAGGAAGUCUCUGCAACGCGUACAUCUGCGGCCCGCCGAGCUUUGUAGAUACGAUGCGGGACUAUCUCCAACGCUGCAAAGUGCCGCCGCCGCUAAUACGCUACGAAACAUUCUCUUCAGACUCCUUAAAAAUUGAUGAUUUGUCAGUUUCGGCGGCUGACGGGACAGAACUCCCGGAGGAGUCACUUGUUAAGUUUCGCGAAAAACAAACAAAAUGGAAGAAAGCCGAAGCUCUAUCACUUCUUGACCUUCUCGAGCGAGAUGGUGGAGGAGAACAUCCAGAGUCUGCAUGUCGAGCGGGCGACUGCGGGACUUGCGAGGCCAAGAUCUUGAAGGGAGAAGCUAGGGCGUCGAAAAAUGCAGGUAAGGAGGCCAAAGAAGCGAGUGGGAAGGCCGGGACUAUGAUUAGGACAUGUUGCUCCUUUCCAGCCAGUAAGCUUCUGGAGUUAGAAUUUUGA